UGAGGGAUGUCUCUAGGUAACAGCUCAGUGGAUCUUCUCUCUGCUCUGUGGAACUUCUCGGUGGAGGAUGGUGUGGGGGAGAGCGGAGCAGGGAACCGAGCCGGGGCUCACAAGCCGAUGGUGCGUACUGUGCUCUCUGUCUCCUACUCCAUCAUCAUCAUCACUCUGUUUGGGAAUGCAGUGGUGUGUCACGUGGUGAUGAAGAGCAAGCGAUUGCACACGGUGACCGGUGUCUUCAUCAUGAACCUGGCCAUCGCAGACAUUCUUAUCACCCUCCUCAACACUCCAUUCACUCUGGUGCGUUUUAUCUACAGUACAUGGGUGUUUGGAAAGGCAAUGUGUCAUGUGAGCCGUUUUGCUCAGUACUGCUCCGUACAUGUGUCUGUAUUCACCCUCGUAGCGAUUGCUAUUGAUAGACACCAGGUGGUGCUGCACCCAAUGAAGCAGAGGAUGUCCCGCCUCCAGGGUGUGGUUUGGGUGGGAGUGAUCUGGUUGAUGGCCACAUGUUUCUCACUUCCUCAUGCCAUCUACCAAACCCUGCUGCACUUUGAGAUCGGUGAGGGGAACGUGAGGAUGGUUUGCCUUCCCAGCUUCCCUCAACCAUCUGAUCUUUUCUGGAAGUACCUGGACCUCGCCACCUUUGUCCUGCUCUAUGUGUUGCCGUUGGCGAUUAUCACCGUUGCUUAUGUUGUCAUAGCAAAAAAACUGUUGGCGCGGAACGCCAUCGGUGACGUGACGCUGGCCCAGAGCUCUGCCCACCGCCGGAGGAAGAGGAUGACGAUGAAGAUGCUGAUCGCGGUGGUGGUGGUUUUUGCUGUCUGCUGGUUCCCGCUGAAUUGCUACGUGGUUCUGCUAUCUAGCAAAGUGAUCCAGGCUAACAACGCCAUAUACUUCAGCUUCCACUGGCUGGCCAUGAGCUCCACCUGCUACAAUCCAUUCAUCUACUGCUGGCUCAACCACAACUUCAGAGCCGAGAUCAGAUCACUUCUGCUCAUCGCACGCCGUGGCAAAAUCAGAAGCAACGAGGAGCCCUGAAGACCACAAGGACUUCCCAUAUACUUCAUCUCACCCUUCUGAGCUUCAUUUUUUUACUGAUUCAUUUAUCAGGUUUUACAUCCAUCCUGAGUUUGUCAAAAAACGUUUACUGAAUGUAGCUGACCCAGAUUUUUUACAUGUUCCUAAGAUACCUGGCUAACUUUAUUUCUGCUUGGUGUGAAAGAUGCCAUUUGUUCUUCAGUCAGGUUCAGAAGUUCAGUCGAUAAACUUCUGGACUUCUGGACCAGAUUGUGCUCAUGUUGCUGCAGAAGGAGGUUUAGGGGUUCUGGUGUUGUUAGAGUGUAGAUGAUGUUGCUGUUUACUGCAAAACAUGAAAACACUUGUAUUUAUGGAGGUGAUGAGGAUUUAUGGAGUUUCUCAGAAGCUCAGCGAGCUGCUGUUUGUGUUGAUUUGUGUGCCGUGUUUGAGAGAUUCUCAUGUGGGUGUUUAUGUUUUAGAGUGCUAACGACCAAGUCACACAAAUGUGCAGAAACACUUACUGUGUAACUCCACAGGGUUUUUUUGGAGAAUGUAAAACUGUAUAAAAUGCAGAGAUCAGAAGCGAAAAGAACAGCAAACAAUCUGCCUUUGAUCUGAAGAGUUACAUUUUAUAUGAAAUUGAAUUAUUUAUUUGUUUAUUUUUUUGCAUCUGAGUAAUUUAAACAUGCGUUAAAGUCGAACCCCAAAUUACAUAUUUGAUUAACUGAUGACAAAUAACAACAAUUAUUUGUUUGUUUGUGUUUUUAUUGGUUAUUUGAACAUUAAAAAUGAAUAUUAAAAGCACAGUGAAAGUGUUCACAUGCUACAGUCAGAAUCUCGCUGUUUCCAUUUUGGUGUUAUGACACUGUUUGUAAUCUUUUGUUAUGUCAAUGAUUAUUUUUUAAAUGAAUUCUAUAAAUGGAUUGUUCUUUA